GAGCGAGCGCCGCGGCCCACUACAGCAGUCGCCCGCGGUCAGCCUGUCGCGCUCGUCUCUCGCCCCCGCUGCCCGCCAUCCAUUGCUGCCUCUCCCCGCCGCCGCCUCCCAGCGCGCUCCCACAGCCGCCGCCCGAACAGUCAGUGAAGUCGGCAAGCCAUUUCCCGCGCCCGGCCCCCGGAGGCGGGCAUCCAGCCGGACCCUGAGUGUCGCCCUCUCUCGCUGCGGCCGCCCGCGCCUUCUCGGCUGCCUGUCCGGCAUGAAAACCAAGUUCUGCACCGGGGGCGAGGCGGAGCCGUCGCCGCUUGGGCUGCUGCUGAGCUGCGGUGGCAGCGCUGCCCCGGCGCCCGGCGUGGGGCAGCAGCGCGACGCCGCAGGCGAGCUGGAGCCCAAGCAGCUUGGUGGCCGGUCCCAGCCUCUCGCGCUGCUGCCGCCGCCGCCGCCUCCCCUGCCGCUGCCCCCGCCGCCAUCGCCGCUGCUAGCGGAUGAACAACCUGAGCCCCGGACGCGGCGCAGGGCCUACCUGUGGUGCAAGGAAUUCCUGCCCGGUGCCUGGCGGGGCCUUCGCGAGGACCAGUUUCACAUCAGUGUCAUCAGGGGUGGUCUCAGUAACAUGUUGUUCCAGUGCUCCUUGCCAGACUCCAUAGCCAGUGUUGGUGAUGAACCUCGGAAAGUGCUCUUGCGAUUGUAUGGGGCGAUUUUAAAGAUGGUGUUUUUGAUAAAGCUGUGGAAUGGCAAGAGGUCCUGUAAUAAAGAGGGAUCCGAACAAGCUCAGAAUGAAAAUGAAUUUCAAGGGGCCGAGGCGAUGGUUCUGGAGAGUGUUAUGUUUGCCAUUCUUGCAGAGAGGUCACUUGGGCCAAAACUGUAUGGCAUCUUUCCCCAAGGCCGACUGGAGCAGUUUAUCCCGAGCCGGCGAUUGGACACUGAAGAAUUAUGUCUACCAGAUAUUUCUGCAGAAAUAGCCGAGAAAAUGGCCACAUUUCAUGGAAUGAAAAUGCCAUUCAAUAAGGAACCAAAAUGGCUUUUUGGAACAAUGGAAAAAUACCUGAAUCAAGUGCUAAGACUUACAUUCAGUGGGGAGGCAAGAGUUCAGCAGCUGCACAAAGUCCUUGCUUACAACCUGCCUCUGGAGCUUGAGAACCUGAGGUCAUUGCUACAGUAUACUAGAUCUCCAGUUGUAUUUUGUCAUAACGACUGUCAAGAAGGUAAUAUCUUAUUGUUGGAUGGCCAAGAGGAUUCUGAAAAGCAGAAGCUGAUGCUCAUUGACUUUGAAUACAGCAGUUACAAUUACAGGGGAUUUGACAUUGGAAAUCAUUUCUGUGAAUGGAUGUAUGAUUAUACCUAUGAAAAGUAUCCUUUCUUCAGAGCAAACAUUCUGAAGUAUCCUACCCGAAAACAACAGCUUCAUUUUAUUUCCAGUUACUUGACUGCAUUCCACAAUGAUUUUGCAAGCCUCAGUAGUGAAGAACAGUCCGCUACAAAAGAAGACAUGUUGCUUGAGGUCAACAGAUUUGCCCUCGCCUCCCAUUUCCUCUGGGGUCUUUGGUCCAUUGUACAGGCCAAGAUUUCAUCCAUUGAAUUCGGGUACAUGGAAUAUGCCCAAGCCAGGUUCGAUGCCUACUUUGACCAGAAGAGGAAGCUUGGGGUGUGAAUGAGAUGACUCCACUCUUCACCACUGGACUGCAGGAGGUGGCUGCGCCAGGCCCUCGGUGGAGCUGUGACCACUGCCCUGGGCAGAAGGCUGGACGUCUCACUACUGAGCACCGAUGUGUAUGAUACUACAGACUAUAUUAAAGUGGAGUAACAUUUCUUUCAUCUUUGUUUACGCUCUCACUAGGACUCUGAACCAUGACUGGAAGCAGAAAUAUAGUACAAUAGUGCAAUAGCUCAGAACCCACCUAACCUGGAGGCCUUUUGGCUGCAUGGCUACAGCUUUCAGCCACCUAUGGCCCCAGCCGUCAGAGCAGUGCCAUUUGGAUACUCCAAGCGCGGUCUUAGGAUAUUAAUGUGCUGCAGCACAUUAGUGACUGUUGGAGGUGUGGCCUGGCUCAGCGGAAUGAGCCUGAGUCAUGCAUGGGGUCUGUGUAUGGGCAGACUUCCUGGAGAAGCAGGGUACACUUGAGCUAUGGGUGCACAUCUGCAGAAAGUAGCUGUAGCCUCCUGUGCCUGUGUACACAUGGCUGCAUGGACCAGUGUCACUGGCUGCAGAACGUCAGUGUCUCAGCUGGAGAGGAGCAGUGGACCCAGCUUCCUCAGCCUUUCUUGCCUUCCUUUUGCCUGGCCGGGAACUCGGGCAUCUGCCCAGGACUCUCCAAAGCUGCUUCCCAUCGGAUGUCACUGGAGACAGCAGCUGUUUGGGGCAUAGGGGUGCAGGUGGACUAGAGAUGUGAAAUCCAUGUACAUUAAAUGCCCAAUGGGAUAAACUUAGAAUUUUUUUUUACUCUGAAUUGUUUUGUGCAUAUAUUUCUGCUACCACCGAGACUGUAUUAUACAAAAAAUAAACAACUUGAAAACCA